AUGAGUUUGCUGAAAGUUAUUUUCCUAUGUAUUGCCUUCUAUAUCAGUCCCCAUUCCACCAACUCUUUUCCCGAUGCGCCUGAGUACGUAACUUACCAAUGCAGAGAAAAAGCUAGAACAUUUAAAAUAUCGAAAGAAAUGAGCCUUCCAUUGGCGUACGACAGUGCCCAGGUUUGCAUGUAUCAAGAUCUUCAGGUAUUGGCAAAUAUGACAUUACUCGAUUUGGCUUUGACAACACCACACACUGGAAGGUCCAUUUGCCGGAUUCAAGUGCACUGGUUCAAUAAAACAGCUAAGCGGGUUAAUAUGACAAUAUUUGACACCGAUUUGCUUGGAAACUGUGCUCCCCGGAACGCUACAGACAUUGUGGUGGCUCUUGAAGAUGGCAGAACCAAGCAACUUUCAGAAUUACGAAUUCCACGUAAAAUAGGAAUGUCUCGAAUAUACUUUGAAAAGUACAACGCCAGACUUCUUUUUACGGACUACAAGUCAUGUUUAAUUUUUAUUACUGCGUUAUAUUUUGAAAAGAUCAAAUAUUGCGAACUUUUUGUUGUAAGUGAAAAUGUAAUUAAUAUGCAUGAUACGCAGUGUCACUCAAUUUACCGGAUAUACUGCGGGUAUGGACGGCCUAGACGAGAUGUAUGGCCGAAGCCCGCAAGCUCUUCAAGUGAUGAAUCAUUUUUACAGCAAGUGCAUACACUUCGGCUGUUGAUUGAACGCACAUAUCCUCUAAAAGAGGACACGCUCUUCAUGAAUGAAUUUCAAAUGAUCCCAGAGGUUUUGUACCACAUCCCAGGUGCAAACACAUACGCCUCAACAUACGAAAGAACAGACCCAAGACUGUGUGGAAUAAGAACUUUCAAGAUCAUGCCUGAUAUGGCAGAGUUGGAGCUGGAAAUGAUGCGCGAGGGCCGAAACGGAACCAUAUACGGAGUAUCCAAGUUUCAUUCGGACAUGAAUGCAAUUUCGCCAACCCAAAUCUCUCUUCCGGAUAAAUAUGAUCGGUUGCGGCGGGUGUUAAUAUCGAAUUUCAAGGACUGCUACGUAUUAAAAAAAGUCGACACCAAUUGGGCUCCUUUUUGUGAGUUCUUUGUUAAGAACAAUACAAACCCCAUCAAUGAGUUGAAGGAAUGCUGGUUUGUAUUUCUCGUAUACUGUGGAUAUCCGAAGGCUUUUUACAACGAAACGAGCUGUUACUCUCCUGGGAAUUAUCGAGUAACAGUUAAACACUGAAGAACUUCAACCUGAAGAUACACCUCUGUCAACAACCCUA